UAACAACCCUCGGCUUUAAUCUAAAGGGGAGAGAGACGAAGUAGGCAGUCCAUAAAUACGACAUCAUCACAAGACGAUAUCAUAAUCAAAAUCUCUAGCAUAUAAUAACAGUCAUAAUGGCCGAAGUAUCACCCACCACUAACCGAUUUGCCCAAUUCAAAUUGGUCCUUCUCGGAGAAAGUGCCGUUGGGAAGUCAUCCAUUGUUCAUAGAUUUGUUAAGAAUACCUUUGAUGAUUUAAGAGAAUCAACUAUUGGAGCCGCUUUUUUAACUCAAACUAUUACAUUUCCUGAAACUAAUACUACUAUCAAAUUUGAAAUUUGGGAUACUGCUGGUCAAGAACGUUAUAAAUCAUUAGCACCUAUGUAUUAUCGAAAUGCUAAUGCUGCUCUUUGCGUAUAUGAUAUAACUAGUCGUUCAUCAUUUAAUAAAGCACAAGAUUGGAUAAAAGAAUUAAAGAGACAAGCACCUGAGGGGAUCGUUAUCGCAUUAGUAGGAAAUAAAUCUGAUUUAGCUGAAGACAGACAAGUUGAGGCUGAUGAAGUUGAAGAAUAUAUUCAACAGCAAACAUCCGAGGAGGAUGGUAAUAGUCGCAUAAUCACUUCUGAAUGUUCAGCCAAAAGUGGUGAAGGGGUGUUAGAGAUAUUCAAUAGCAUUGGAAGAGCCUUACCAGUUGAAGAAGUUAUAAAUGCAAGCUCUAGAGGUAGAUCCGCUGGAGGAGCUAGACAACAAGGAGGAAUUGAUUUGGCUAGAGCUAGGAGACAACAAGCUGCGGCAGCCAAUAGCAGCUGUUGUUAGGGGUUUUCGGGUCAAUCAGGUCAUCUAUAUAACAUAAUAUAAUAGUUUGAAGUCGGAGUACUUCAAAUAAAGUAGCUAUCAUAUGCUAAAUUUCAUACUUACUUAAGUUACAUUUCUCUAUCAUGUUCGGUUUUCCGGUUUGUUUAUUUGUUUGUGUAUUUCUAUAGAAGUGUUCUGUUAAUGAAGCGCCUAUCUAU